AUGGCUCCUCCUCAGUGCGCCGUCUCCCCGCCUCCCGCUUCCCCCACCAAUGCCAAGAGCAGGACGCAGCUCGCGGCGACGCAGGUCAAGAAGCUGUGCAAGCAGGGCCGGCUCGAGCACGCGCGGCGGCUGCUGCUGGACGCGCUGCCGCGCCCGCCGCCGACGCUGCUCUGCAACGUGCUCCUCAUCGCCUACGCCGCCGCCGCGCUCCCGGACCACGCGCUCCGCCUCUACGCGCUCCUCAACCACGCCGCGCGCCCGCCGCCCCGCUCCGACCACUACACCUACUCCUGCGCGCUCACCGCCUGCGCCCGCUCCCGCCGCCUGCGCCACGGCAGGUCCGUCCACGCGCACCUCCUCCGCCGCGCCCGCGCGCUCCCGGACACCGCCGUCCUCCGCAACUCGCUGCUCAACCUCUACGCCUCCUGCGCGCGCUACCGCCACGGCGGCGUGGAUGUCGUCCGCAGCCUGUUCGUCGCAAUGCCUACCAGCAAGAGGAACGUCGUUUCCUGGAACACCCUCUUCAGCUGGUACGUCAGGACCGGCCGUCCCGAGGAGGCCCUGGAGAUGUUCGUGCGGAUGCUAGAGGAUGCCAUCAAGCCCACGCCGGUCAGCUUCGUCAAUAUCUUCCCGGCAGCGGGAAGCGUAGACCCCAGCUGGCCAUUCGUGCUCUACGGUCUGCUGAUAAAGCAUGGGGUGGAGUACGUCAACGAUCUCUUCGUCGUCAGCUCCGCGAUCGGCAUGUUCUCCGAGACCGGGGAUGUGCAGUCAGCUCGGACGGUCUUCGACCGCGCUGCAAAGAAGAACAUCGAGGUUUGGAACACGAUGAUCACCGGGUACGUGCAGAACUGGCGGUUCUCUGAGGCCAUGGAUCUCUUUACCCAGAUACUGGGGUCUAAAGCGGUUCCGCCGGAUGUGGUGACUUUCUUGUCAGCGGUCACAGCGGCCUCGCAGUCACAGGAUGGCAGGCUGGGCCAGCAACUGCAUUGCUACUUGAUGAAAGGGUUGCGCAGCGAGCUGCCCGUGAUACUCGGUAACGCGCUUGCUGUGAUGUACUCGAGAUGCGGCAAUGUCCAAACUGCCUUUGAGCUGUUUGAUCGGCUGCCAGAGAAGGACAUUGUUUCUUGGAACACCAUGGUCACUGCUUUUGUGCAAAAUGAUUUCGACUUCGAGGGCCUCUUGCUCCUCUAUCAGAUGCAGAAGUCAGGUUUCGUUCCUGAUGCGGUGACGUUGACUGCAGCGCUGUCUGCAGCUUCCAAUACGGGAGACCUGCAGAUUGGUAAACAAUCACACGGUUAUCUCAUCAGGCAUGGCAUUGAAGGUGAGGGUUUGGAGAGUUAUCUAAUAGACAUGUACUCCAAAUCUGGUCGUGUAGACAUGGCCCAGAAAGUGUUUGAUAGCCAUGGGACUGGCAGAGAUGAGGUCACUUGGAAUGCUAUGAUAGCAGGGUACACACAGAGUGGCCAGCCUGAACAGGCGGUCUUAGCAUUCCGGGCGAUGAUUCAGGCAGGUGUGGAACCUACUUCGGUGACACUGGCUUCGGUGCUUCCCGCUUGUGACCCUGUUGGAGGGGGUGUAUGUGCAGGGAAGCAGAUCCAUUCUUUUGCUCUGCGCCAUUCUUUGGAUACCAAUGUCUUUGUCGGUACAGCUCUUGUCGAUAUGUACUCCAAGUGCGGGGAGAUUUCUGCCGCAGAAAAUGUCUUUGGUGGCAUGACAGAGAAGAGCACUGUCACCUACACGACAAUGAUUUCUGGUCUUGGUCAGCACGGUUUCGGCGAGAGAGCACUAUCCCUCUUCUACUUGAUGCAAGACAAGGGGUUAAAGCCUGACGCUGUGACCUUCUUGGCGGCAAUUUCAGCAUGUAAUUACUCUGGACUGGUCGAUGAAGGUCUUUCUUUGUACAGGUCAAUGGAAACAUUUGGACUUUCAGCCACUCCUCAGCACCAUUGCUGCAUUGUGGACUUGUUGGCUAAAGCCGGGAGGGUGGAUGAAGCAUAUGACUUUGUAGAAAGUCUGGGUGAGGAUGGGAACUUCAUCGCUAUCUGGGGUUCGCUUCUUGCAUCCUGCAAAGCACAGGGCAAGAUGGAGUUGGCAGCAUGGGCGACUGAGAAGGUGCUCAACAUCGAGAAGCAGUAUGGUCAUGCAGGCUACAAUGUCCUGCUGUCCCAGUUAUUUGCUGCUGAGGGUAACUGGAGUAGUGCUGAUAGUCUGAGAAAAGAGAUGAGGUUAAGGAGGUUGAUGAAAAAAGCGGGUUCAAGUUGGAUCGAAGUCCAAAGUCCAGCAUUACAGGACAGGUCUAUCGAGAGAAACCAAAAUUAUCCUGAAAAUGAUAACAUAUUGCUGAUGCUUGAUGGGGAUAUUUGACCUUCUGGUACGAAUAGAUUGCAGUUUUGUUGAUACCUGGAGAUUACAGGGUGGUGAUUAGCUCAUGCUCUGCCGGAUUCAGUUUCCUGUUAUCUGCUAUAACACGACUUGCCUUCUCCCAGAAUUCGGGCAGCUCCUUUUGAUUUUUUGACUGGAUGAAAGGAAAGAUUUCCCACCCUACAGGCAAUGCUGCAAUGGUCAAAAGGUAAACAUGUGCAGCAAGACAAGAAUCUACGCAUCCAUCAAAAACGAAAGAAGAGGCUGGGAUCGAGACCAUGAUGUGCUGGAUGCAGAAGUGCAGAACCAACUGCAGCCUUGCAGGUGGCCAAGCUGUAACUUUACAGUGACUACUGAACAUUGACAAGUUAUCCGUGUCACAAACAGUGUAGCAUCAUGU